AUGUCAGGUAUCACUCCAUAUCUAUAAUAGAGGAAUCACAAUAUUCCGAACAUCCAGGCGGGUGGAUUGAAUGGUUUUGUCAAUUGCCUUAAAAUCAGUAUCUGACUGAAGUGGAUUCAGAAUUCAUUCAAGAUCCAAACAAUUAUGGCCACCUCAUUAAACAAUUCAAUCUCUUUUAAUAAGCUCUACAAAUGAUAUUGUCCUCAGAAUAGCCAGAUACUUUGGAUCUAGAAAAUGACAAGUAUUUUAUCACAACCACUCCAUAGGUUCCUUGAAUUAUAUACUGAAGCCAGCGAUAUCUAUGGAUUGCUACAUUAGGCUUUUAUUUAAACACCAAAAGGUUUAGCAAUUAUGAGAGAGAGAUUUUUGAAUGGCAGAUUUGGUCAUUGUCCCAGAGUCCUUUGCGAUAAACAAAAUACCAUUCCCAUUGGUUUGAGUGAGAGUCUCAAAACUAGCAGAAUUAAAGUAUAUUGUCCAAGAUGUAAAGAAGCAUAUGCCCCACGCAAAAGUUAAGCUGACUUUGAUGGAGCAUAUUUUGGUCGCAGUUUCCCAAUGUUGCUCUUGUUGGUACAUCUCAUCAUUUAAUUUUAGACUUAUCCUGAUAUCCACCCAAAAUUCACAAUCUAAUUGGGCACUGAGCUAUUCACCCCCUUCCAACCCACUCUUUAUGGAUUCAAAGUUAGAGAUGAAAGACAAAUCUAAUAACCAUCUACAUAGUUACAAUAAUAAUAACCAUAGUAAUAGCAAUAGAUUAUUACUUAACAAACUAAUGGAAUAGUUGAAAAAGAAAAUCACCAUUAAUAAGAAAAAUAAAAUGCUGAAUAAGAAUCUAAAUAAUCAAAAAAGAAAAAGAAAAAUAAAAAUAAAUGAUUAUGCGAAUAUAUAUCAUUAUCG